AUGGUGCUCCCCUCGCCUUUGAUCACUCCGCAGGCUCAGAUGCAGAUAUUGGAGAAGGCAGACUGUACGGUGUACCUGAGGCCGGGAGAAGCAGCUGAAGAUGUAGGAGAGAUCCCCAAGGGCGCUCCGCAUAUCUGGGCUAUCACUUUCCCACCCUUGGGAUGUUUCUUGAACGAAACAGAGGCCAGCCCGAUCAACUAUCCGACGUCAUGGGCUGAAGGCAAAAAUGAUCCUUGGCUGGUCUUUCACUCUGGAACAACUGGUACGGUCCCAAUGGAGCAUAUAGCGAGCGGGCCAUUGGAAUGA